UUCGGAUUCUACUUGGUUAGAGCUUGAGCUCGAACUAACUAAUUUGAACAAACCGAUCCGAACUCGAACGCUGCAAAGCUCGACUUUUGGCUUGCAACCCUAGCUUAAGCCCUGUCUGGGUAGGAGAAGGGGGGAGAGAGAGAGAGACCGCAGUGAUGGAGGAGGAGAGAUCGAACAGAAAGCGUAAAAGGCCGAGGCGUCGCAAUAAUCGAGCCGAGAAAUCAUCUAACAAUCCAAAGCACAGAGAUCAAGUGGUUAAUAAGAUCGAUGGAGAUGAAGGUGGUGAUGAUUCUGGACCAUCUGGUGCUCCUCCUGCUGCUGCAAAUCGUAGAGUAUCGUCCGCUUUCCUUGACAAGAUGAGAGCGAAGUUAUCGGGAGGCCAUUUUCGGAUGAUUAACGAGAAGCUCUACACUUGCACGGGAAGCGAAGCCCUUGACUACUUUAAAGAAGACCCGACAUUGUUUAAUGUGUACCAUACAGGAUAUCAAGAGCAAAUGACACAUUGGCCCGAGCAACCUGUUAAUAUCAUCAUUAAAUGGCUAAAGGAUCGCAGCCCUUCUUUACUUGUGGCUGAUUUUGGCUGUGGGGAUGCACGCCUUGCAAGAAAUGUCAAAAAUAAAGUCUUCUCGUUUGAUCUAGUCUCACAGGACCCAUCAGUAAUUGCAUGUGAUAUGUCAAACACACCCCUUGACACUUCAUCUAUAGAUGUCGCAGUCUUUUGCCUCUCACUGAUGGGCACAAACUUCGCCAGUUACCUUCGAGAAGCCCACAGAGUUCUUAAGAAAUCUGGCUGGCUCUUGAUAGCAGAGGUAAAGAGCAGGUUUGAUCCAAAUAAUGGAGGAGCAGACCCAGACAGGUUCUCAAAAGCCAUAUGUGACCUGGGAUUUGCUUCUGUAUCAAAGGAUUUCUCAAACAAAAUGUUCAUAUUGUUAUACUUCAAGAAAAAGGUUAGCUGUAUCUCAUUUUGCCAGCAAGACUCCGUUGUUCAAGUACCCAUUAAAAUGAAUUUUUUUUCCAAACAGGAGAAGCAAAAUUCCAAGAAUGGGGAAAUCGUAUGGCCUGAGUUGAAGCCUUGUUUGUACAAGCGUCGGUGAGGUAUGAACAGAAUGCUCGUGUGUACCUAUGAGCACAAGGAUAUCGAAAUUAAUAUGGGAUUUUGUUUUCUUGAUGUGUGGUGAUGAUUCACUCGAUACUUGAUGGGUCGGAUUCUCGUUGAGUCAUCCUUUUCCUCCUUCGGGUAGUAGGGUCAUCUGCCUCUUGUCUCGUUGGCUUGUUUAUUUUCUUGUCGAAUAAUUCUUCUCAUUUUUCUUGUGUUUCUGACUUAUUUAUCCAUGAGAUUUGAUGAGGUCAAGGAUCCGAAUUUAGUUGGUUAGCUAGGAAAUGGAAAUGCAGUAAAAGCAUGUUGUAAAUGUUUUGGAAACACAGGAAACGUACCAAACCAUUAGUAUUU